GUGCGCCCGGGCCGUAUGGGCUGGGCGGCCUCGGCCCGCCGCGACCCCGCCGCCUGGGGGCCCUGGCGGAGGCCGUCAGCGCGCCGCUCUCCGCUUCCGGCGCGCGGCUGGGGAAACGGGAGCGGGGAGUGAUCCGCCCCCAAAUUCCCCCUGCCCAGGUGGCCCACGAAGCUCCCCGCGACACCUCUGCGCAGCCCGACCCCCUCGGCUCCGUCCCCUCUUUCCUGCGGGGGGCCCGGCCUCUCCUCUCCCGGGAAGACCGAGCUUCAGGUGAAGGGGUCCGAAAGUCGUUGGAGCAGCUACAGCCACCAUGGGGCCCUGGGGAGAGCCAGAGCUCCUGGUGUGGCGCCCGGAGGCGGUGGCCUCGGAGCCCCCGGGGCCCGUGGGUCUGGAGGUGAAAAUGGGCGCCCUGGUGCUGCUGCUCUUGCUCACUCUUCUCUGCAGUCUGGUGCCCAUCUGCGUGCUGCGCCGGCCUAGGGCCGGCCCCGAAGCCUCAGCCUCCCGCCAAAAAGCCUUGAGCCUAGUAAGCUGCUUCGCAGGGGGUGUCUUUCUGGCCACCUGUCUCCUGGACCUACUGCCUGACUACCUGGCUGCCAUAGAUGAGGCCCUAGCAGCUCUGCACGUGACGCUCCAGUUCCCCCUACAAGAGUUCAUCUUGGCAAUGGGCUUUUUCCUGGUCCUGGUGAUGGAACAGAUCACACUAGCUUACAAGGAGCAGUCAGGGCCACCACCUCGAGAGGAGACGAGAGCUCUGCUGGGAACAGCAAAUGGUGGGCCACAGCACUGGCAUGAUGGGCCAGGGAUCCCACAGGCAGGUGGAGCCCCUGCGGCCCCCUCAGCCCUGCGUGCCUGUGUACUGGUCUUCUCCCUGGCCCUGCACUCGGUGUUCGAGGGACUGGCGGUGGGGCUGCAGCGAGACCGGGCUCGGGCCCUGGAGCUCUGCCUGGCUUUGCUGCUCCACAAGGGUAUUCUGGCAGUCAGCUUGUCCCUUCGGCUGCUGCAGAGCCAUCUGCGAGCGCAGGUGGUAGCUGGCUGUGGGAUCCUCUUCUCAUGCAUGACCCCUCUGGGCAUUGGGCUGGGUGCAGCUCUGGCAGAGUCGGCUGGGCCCCUGCACCAGCUGGCCCAGUCUGUGCUGGAGGGCAUGGCAGCUGGCACCUUUCUCUAUAUUACCUUCCUGGAAAUCUUGCCCCAGGAGCUGGCCACUUCUGAGCAGAGGAUCCUCAAGGUCAUCCUGCUCCUUGCAGGCUUUGCCCUGCUCACUGGCCUGCUCUUCAUCCAAGUCUAGGGAGCUCCAGGUGCCCUUGACCUUCCUUUUCCACCCCAGCAUAUGAAAAUAAGGAGUGGAGAAGGGAGGAUUAAGGAUCAAAGGGUUCUCUGGGAGAUAGGGAUGGAGUCUUUGGGAUUAUCUGACCAAUGGGAGGGAUGUGGUAGACAAGAUCGUGGCCCCAAGGGACAAGGGAUAGUCGUAUCACUAAAGACAUGAUCAGCGAUUCAUAUUGGGGAAGACACAGUGCUAGAAUCCGGGGUCAGACACUACAUACAGGGACGAGCUGACAAUGGGAAGGCUGGGGGCAGGCACCCAGCUGCUGUGGGAUGGAGGUGUGAGGAGGCACAGCCCAGAGUCAGCAGUCCUGGUUCUAGCCCAUUCCAGCCCUCUGUCUCUUGGGGUGGAGUGGGCUCCUUCUCUUCGCCCCUACUCCAUCUGUCUCCUGCUUCCCUUCUCCCAGGGGACUAGUGCCAAAUGGCCUCUUCUUGCCAGUUUUGGUACCUUCUCUGGCUUGUCUAGUCCUGCUCACUUCUCUGUUUUUAAAGUGCCAAAUAAAUCCCUUCCCUCUUUGUCAAAAAGCACAGUGAUGGCACUGAACCCUGCCCAGCACCUCAGCGGAGGGGCCCUGCUUGCUCUUUAUUUGGAGGCAGCCAUGUUUGCUGAGUUGAGGUUAGGGGAGGGUUGGCAGAGCUACGGUCCCCCACCACUACUGCACCCUAGGAGUACUGAACAUGGAAAUGGUGCCCCUAUGCCCAGAUGAGAAAUACUGAGCUGCCAAAAUUUUUUUUAUACCAGAGGAGCCCAAGGGGAAGGCUCACCCCCAGCUAUUUUUGGGGAGGGAGGGCUGUGGAUAGAGCCAUGUUCUCUAGAAUCUAUUUUACUAACUGACCUGUUUUGGGACUUGUUACCCAAAUAAAAGAUGUUUCUA